UUAGGGAUAAUUACAACUUACCCACCUGUGGUUUACCUCUAAUUCUAAGUGCCUACCCGUGGUUUGAAUUUUGACACUUUGCCCACCUGUGAUUAUCUCCGUCUAUGUGCCGUGUGCCCACCUCUCCCUCACCGUUACUCUAACAUAGGAAAUAGAUCAAAGCUUACUCCCAUCCAGAUCAAAACACCCUCUUUUCCAAAAACUACUCAGUCACUCUCAUCCCGCUUACUCACCAAAAAUCACUCAGUGUCACUCCCAAAAAUCACUCAAAAUCACUUAAAAUCACUCACUCACUCACUCACUCCCAUCGUUCAUGCAAACCGAACCGAGAUAGACAGCUUCUCCGUUCAUCUGUGGCAGGAAGACUCACUCAUGGGUAUCGCGCUUCGCUUCACUUGACUGGGAGUUUAAAGCUUGACUGGGUAUCGCGCUUCGCUUCACUUGACUGGGAGUUUAUUGCUGUUCUGUUCAGCCGUUGCAGGUAGAUUAGGAUUUUGCGUUUUAAUCUUUGAAAUCUAGGGUUCUGAAUGGGUCUUAAAAUGCUGGUGGAUUUUAAAAUGCCGGUGCCGGUGGUGGGUUUUAAAAUGUUGUCAUCGGUGGUGGGUUUUAAAAACCCAUUUCUGCCGGUGGUGGGUUUUAAAAUGCCCGGUGAUAAUUGUAUUUCUUUCUUCCUCACUUAAUAUGCACGGUCACUUUGUUAAAAUUCCUGUGGGUUUUAAAAUUGGGUAGUCUUUCUUCCAAAUUCUUUCUUCCAAAUUCGGUUCUUGCUUAACCAUGGAACUGGUUUAUAUCUGCAUUUUCUUAUUACUGGCUUAACAGUUAUGAAUAUAUAUCUGCAUUUUCUGAUUACUUUAAAAUAAAGGUCUGUGGCCCAUCAACUUUUUUAACAAUGUGGUUGUAGCAUGAGUAAUUGUUACUAAAUUUAGAUGAGUUGAUACUAAAUUUAGAUGAGUUGAUUCUUGCCACUCGUAACAGAUUUGUUGGUCUAUAAGCUUGUAACAAAUUUUUGCUAUGUCUUCAUCAACUGGCAAUGGCUCUACAACUAGUGGUUUCUACCGUGCUGGAGAUGGUCAUUUAUGUACCCUUGAGAAUUGUGCACUAAGAACGAGUCGAAAAGCUGGUAACUAUGGAAGAAGAUUUGUUGGUUGUAGUCAAUUUAAUGUUGGUCCCAAAUGUGGCUUCUUUCAGUGGGUGGAUAACGAAACUUGUAAGAGUGACCGUGAAAGGAUAAGUAUGCUUGAGAAUGAAUUGCAGCUUGCAAAUCAGAGAGAAAUGACAACUAAGGAAAUGGAAGAAAGAUGUAACAGGAGGGAAAGAGAAACUCAUGAGCUUUAUGUAGAAAUUAGAGAGAAACUUAAGAGAGUUAGAGAGAGUGAGAGAUUGUACAAGAUGGCAUUAGUUUUGUCAUGGUUAUUUUUCAUUUUUGUAAUGUUGUUGUUGUGUUUUGCCUCAGUGAACAAUAAUGUAAGAGCGAGGAACCUUAAUCUGCCAUGAUGCUUGGUGGGAUGUUGAAAUGUUAUUGGGUAAUUGAAAUGGAAAGUGUUGUUUUUGUGCAAA